UAUCUAAUAACUAGCAACGCUGUUUCCAUGGAGCUCCGAAAGAUUGAGGAUAGAGGAGGAGAAGUAUUCGUCAGGAAAUAUUAUGACGGGGUUCAUUUUCCACCAAACGUACCUGGGAACGUAAAAGACCAUUUGGAGACACUGAGAAACUUGAAACACAAAGAAGGCGACAUACUUCUCAAUUCUUUUCCUAAAACUGGAACACACUGGACUUACGACGUUUUACAUAUGUUGCUAACUGGAAAAGCAGAAUAUAGUAUCGGAAAAAUAAUGGCCAUGGACUAUGAACCAACAGAAAAAUUUGAUGCCCUAGACAGCCCCAGGAUUUUGGUGUCACAUUUGUAUCCGAAACAUAUCCCCAAAUCCGUAAUCGACGAGAAAUGUAAGAUCGUCUACAUUUAUCGGAACCCAAAGGAUACUGCGGUAUCCAUGCAUUCCUUUAUAAAGCGACUUAACAUCGACGGGUUCAAAGGUUAUAACGGUAAAUGGGAGCACUUCCUCGAAAUGUUUGCCACGAAACAAUUGCAGUAUAAUACCUGGUUCGAACAUGUUAAGUCGUGGCUUGACUACAAGGAGGACAAUCCGGAUUUUCCUAUCAUGUUCGUAUCAUACGAGGACAUGAAAAAGAUGAUUGACAUUCCGCAGAAUCUUCGAAGAUGUGUUCAGAAGAUGGCGGAAUACCUAGGAGCAAAGCAGGACCCAGAAUUUCUUGACGAAGUGGCGAAAAAAUGUCAGUUUAGCGCUAUGUCUAAAGCAAAGACCACAGAUGAAACUGAGACUGCCUUUAGCAGAGACGGCAGCAAUCCAUUCUAUAGGAAAGGUGAGGUAGGCGACUGGAAGAACUGGUUCACUGUCGCUCAGAACGAAAUAUACGACGAGGUGAUAGAGGAAAAGAUGGCUGGCAUUGAUUUAGAAUUGAAAUAUACACUGUAAAACAUCUGACGGGAUUUUGAAAUAAACAGAUAUUCGUAA